ACUACCACCAACCACUACCACCACAGGUACAGACAGAAGCAGUACCUCCACCACACCCUUGAGGAGAUCCUGGUGAGACGGAAAAGAGUGCUGGACAUAGUCAGCAGCAUGCCACCUGAUGACGUGCCCAAGAUACCCAGACUACCUCCCCUGCACAACAAGAAGAAGAGCUCCAGAACCUCCAUUGAAUACUGCACCAAGAAAAGAUACUUCCGGGAGCUGGCAGCCAUCAAGGCGGAGGUGGGCGACACCAGCGACCUUUCCGAGGAUGAGAUCUACCCAGAGGGUCCUGGUGCGUCACUGAACAAGAAGCAGCGGCGGCAACUAGGGGGCCUGGAGUCGUCUCUGCCGCCAGACCUGCUGCCGGUGCGGGCCACACACAGCAGCGGCUCCCUGGCACUGGACCUGGAGCUGCGCAUCACACCCACCAACAACCCCCUGGACCUCACCGACGACCACUUCAGGGCCAUGCUGGCGGCACACAGGCUCAGGCGGAGCAAGAGAGAGAGCUCAGUGGACCUGGACACCCGUGGCAUCACCCUGCAGGACAUCAUCACCCGUGCCCAGGUACAAAUGAAGCGACCACCCCAGAGGACCUCCACAGCCUCACCCUUGCCUCCAGAGCGUCCCAAGAAGAAGAUAAAGGUCAAAAAGGAACCUCCGUCAUCAUCACUAUCGUCCUCGUCAUCCUCCCUGAUCCUCCCGUCCUCUGCCAGUUCGCACCACUCCCUCCACCACCACAUAGAUCUUCCUGGGGCAACUGUGGUGAAGACGGAACCCCAGAGUGACACAGAAUCGUCGUCCUCGUCGUCCUCGUCGUCGUCGGUCAGUGAUUCAGAGGAGACGGAGGUGAAGAAGGAGGUGCCGCCUGUUGUCCUCAGUCCGGUCAAGGGAAGGGUGGUGGCGAAGGAAACUCGAGUGAAGCUGGAGCCACAAGACCUGCCGCUGGAGGAGGUGGAGGUGGGCAGCUUGGUGGGGAUGGAGCAGCUGCCAAUAAAGGAGGAGAAGUUCAAGGAGGAGGUGAAGGAGGAGAUGAUGGAGGACCAGGUGACGGCUGCUGCAAUAGAAACUUCCUCCGAACUCACUGCUGCCUUGGAGAGUAUUGGUGCCUGCAUUGCACCGGAGCUCACCCAGGAGACACACAUCUGCUUCUUCAGUUUGGCCAGGGACAUCAUCUGCUCAACAGGGGAGCAGCGGAUGACUCGGGCACAGCUGGAGUCAAGCAUCCGUGUGUGGCAGGAGUCAGCCAUCGCGCCCCUCAAUGAGUGGUACUCCCUUGUCCCCUCCUGGGUGGACAUCCUCCCCUCAGCCAUCAACUUUCUCUGUGGACACUUUACUGAUGUACAGCCAGCAGACUUUGUGCCGUACAUAGAGUACAAGAGUCAGCUGAAGGUGUACCAGUGGAUAGGUGCUGGCCGGGACAGUGACGGCCACCUGGAGCCCCUCGCACAGUUCUGGCUGGCUAACAAGUCCUCCAUGAGCAGUGAGUGGAUCGAGGAUGACCUGGUGGGUACUAAGCUGGAAGUGGAGGAGAGUGAUAUCAUUCCUCCUCCUCGCUGCUACACCAAAUGGACAGUGCAGGCAGCCACAGACACCGAGAAGGAACUCUACCGUGCACAGGAGAAAUUACGCUAUGAAAAGCCCCACAAAGCUUACACAUACAGAAUGCACGGCUAUGAGAGUGUAGUGGGGCCAGUGAAAGGAAUCUACACACAGCAGACGGGACUCAACAAAGCUCGUGGACACUCCCUCCUUGUGCCUGACAGACCUGCUUAUGUCACCAUCCUCUCCCUUGUGAGGGAUGCUGUGGCGCGGCUGCCGAAUGGGGAAGGCACACGGUCGGAUAUAUGUGAAUUACUGAAGGAGUCCCAGUACUUAGCGCCCUUGACCAGCCCCACUGCCGAGAACAACCUGAACAGUGUGGUGUCGGGUGCCCUGGAUCGUCUCCACUAUGAGCACGAUCCUUGUGUGAAGUACGACACUCCAAGGAAACAAUGGAUUUAUCUUCACCGCAACCGUAGUGAAGAGGAGUUUGAGCGCAUGCACCACCUCAAUGGUCCCGGUGGCAACAAGCUGAAGAAACCGGCGCCGCGCAGACAAAGCCGCACCAAGAGCAAGGAGCCCGUCACCCUCAAGGCCUCUCCCAAUGUGGCCCUUGAACCCCUUACUCCUGUGGCCAAGGCGGAGGUGAAGCUGAAGCAGGAGGAGAUGGCGGUGCUGGCCAAGCCUAAAGCAGAGAGUCCUGUGAAGCUGGAGCACCUCGGGGCAGCGGGCAUUGGCAAAGCAUUGACUUCUGUAAGAGUAGGCGGGGUGCGUGGUGCGGUGGGUGCAAGCAGCGUGCAGACAAUUCAGGUCUCCACCACGGGGGGCGUUCAGACCAUCAAGGUGGCCCUUCCUCCUGGAGCACAGACCCUCACUAAGGUCAACCCACAGACUCUAGCCAAGGUUGGCACGCAGGCGGUGAGUCGAGCAGCCACCCAGAGCCUGGCCAAGAGUGCAGCGGCGGCGGGCCUGAAGGGAGUGAACCUGCAGCAGACUGUCCUCCAGGCAGGGGUGGCAGGGCAGAACCUGGGGCCAGAGUCUGUCCUCACCACCCAACACCUCACCACCCUGCCUGCUGGGACAGUCGGUGCAGCUAAGACUCGUGCCCCAGUGGUCACCCUCACUACCAGAGAGGCUGCCCGUUUACCUGCUCCCUCUGUUGCUCAAGCCCGCUCAGCUCCACCUGCUGCAGCCUCCUCUCCAGCCAGCCAGCAGCCCCAGCAGUCCCCACAACACGUGUCUCACAACCCCACACUCUCAUCACAGGUGACAAGCAGUGGCGUGGCGAUGGGUAAGCUCUCAAGCACAGCCACUGUCGUCAACAUGAGUUCCGCUGGUGCUCAGAAGUCCAACCUCUUCUCCCUCGGUGGCAUCAAGCUUCUGCAGGCAGCACCUCAGCAGCUGGGAGGCAAGGCAGGGUCCACCUCACCUGCCAUGGUCAACUCUAUCACCAAGCUGCAGACUCUGAUGGUGGAUGGCAAAGUGCUGAUGCAGGGAGGCAAGGUUGGGCAGGCGCUGGCUGGCAAUGUCACCAUGGCAGGCAGCAUGGGGGGUAAGCAGGUGAUCACUGGUGUGUUUCCUGGCCAGCAAAUUGCAACAGUGGAGAGUCUCCUCAGCCAGUCAGAGAAGACCACACAGAUACAAACUGGCGGGGUGAUCACCACCAUGGCGGGCAACAAGCUGGCGAGUGGCAACGUGAUCCAGCUGGCAGGCGGUGCAGGCGGCGUGCAGCGGCUUACCCUGGUCUCCCCACAAGGCUCCCACGUCCCCCUCACCACCACCAGCCAGAGACUUGUCCUGGCUACCGGCUCCCAGGGUGGCAAGCUGGAUGGGUCUGGCAGCAAGGCACAAGUGGUGCAGACCAUCCAGACCCUCCAGCCAGCCAGUCACGUGGUGCAGAGUGGCCCGGGAGGUGUCACCACCACCACUGCCACCACCUCUACCACUGCCGCAGUCACUACCUCCACCACCUCCACCACCAGCACCAGCACCCAUGUCAUCAGCAGCCCGGUAGCCUCCACCACCACCACAUCCCAGGCCAGAUUCUUCUCUGUGGGCCAGCAGCCAAAAACUAUUGUUCAGGGCCUGAAUGUUGCCGGCAAGCCGUCUGUGCUGUCGGGCGGCAUCCGCCUUGUGCAGCCAGCAGUGAGUGGAGGGGGAGGCUCCACCACCACUGGGAAUCUCAUCACCAUUGGCGGCAAGCAGGUCCUCCUCACCUCCAAGCCAUUCGCCCAGCAGGGACAGGUGCAGCAGGUGAUGCUGACAAGUGGGAACCUGAAAGGUGGUCUGCAGGCCUCCCAGGGGUCAUCAGCAGGGGCAGGACCAGGGGCGGUGGUGGUGGCCAGUGGGGCGGGUGGCCAGCAAAUAGUGCUGCCGGCUUCAGCACUCCAAGGAUCACAACUCAAUCUGAAGGGUCUGCAGGCGUUCCAUACCCUGAAGGUGAUCCCUGCCUCUCAGGUCACACAGCAGCAGAGAGGCAAGCCAGUGUUGGCAAGGAUAGUGUCCCCGGCCUCGGUGCGCAGUGCUGUACCCGUCACCACCACCACCUCAGUGCCACCCAGCACGGGCCCCUCAGGACAUGACCCUAAUAAGUCAUAACUCAUCAGCAAGCUUGUAAAGGAAGGCAAGAGGAGUUCACCACCAUCACUAUCACUGCUGCUGCCACCACCGCCACCACCGCCACCACCACCACCACCACCACCACCACCACCACCACCACCAUCACUUCCAUAACACAGCAUAAUGUUUAAAGUGUAUAAUUUUUUCCCAUGUAAGUCAUAAGUUUAUGUGAUUUCUACUUUAUGUGUGUGUAUUGUGAUACAGACUCGUUUGUAGGAGUGUGCUCUCAGUGUAAGUGUUCCUCGGUCAAACUUUGCAGGUCAUCCGUCAUGAAUAGUGCAACUAAAUGACCGGCCCACGUUUCAAACUGGAUGGCUGGCCGGUAUGUACUGGUAGGGAGCAGGUGCCUUGGGUGUCAGGAGGCCAGGAAUUCAUCUGUUCAUGUGAUUCAUUAUUCACAGUGAGUGUAUGUGUGUGUGUGUGUGUGUGUGUGUGUGUGUGUGUGUGUGUGUGUGUGUGUGUGUGCAGGUUCACUUUACAGUGGUCUCAUUACAAUUUGGAUAAGAGGAAUCAAAAUACUUUCAAAAUGCAGUUCAGUUUAUUUCAUUGGAGUUGUCUUGUUUCCACUCUGAAGUGACAACAUCUCCUUAGCAUUUUUAAAAGAAAAAUCCAAAGACAUGGUAGUGAAAUGUAACCAUCGAUGAAUAUUGCUCAAAAGUGCAGUACCUGUAAUCACAGUGGUGCUGUCUGAGUUAUCCAAACUCACCAAGACACUUGUACAUAGUUGUGUAGCACGUGGAGCUGUCGGGUGACAGAGGCUGACCUGCACGGAUGUGGCUCUUGCUUUUCCUUGCAGUGGUCAGGGAUGAGCGGGAACAGUGUGAUGUGGAUAGGUGAUCAGUACAGCCUGUGUGGCAGACCAUGGCAAGUAAACAUUUUGCUGCCUGUGCUUCUUGUGCCCAGUGCUUCAGUAGAGAGGUUAAGUCAACAUGCUGAAGAUGAAAGAAGUCAGAGAAUGGCUCGUCAGCAGCCUGGGACACACUCUCCCAGUGUUGCCAUGUCCAGGUGAGUGCAGGAAGCGAAGUGUCUUUUGUCAUGAUCAGUAGCAUAGGCUUCAGUAGGAGGCAGUUGGUCCUCUGUCAGCCAGCCCCACAUCCCACACAUCAUGCUUGAGGUGACUAUUGGAACCUGUCAGUUCCACCGGCAUGUAUUGUACAAGUCAAGUGGAACAUCCACUGAUUUACUUGUGGCAGAUUAUACAGCUACUUUUUCAGUACUUGACAAAGCUUUUAAUCAGAUUAUCCAGUACCUGAAUGUAUAUAAAAUAUUAAGUGCAUAGUCAUAAAUUAGAAAGAUGGAAUAGUAGUUGCACUAUCAGUGCAGGUUGAGAAUCCUUCAUUCAGAAUUCUAAGGACCAGAUGUGUUGUAGAUUUCUGAUUUUUCUGGACCUUGGAAUGCAGUGGUUCUGUGAUUCUGGGAUGCAUGGAGGCUGGUGUCUCACAGUAGUUGUAUGAAGUCUGCUCAGUAUGAAUAUUUAAUACAGUGAGGCAGAGGAGAUGGAGGGGAGACAAGGCUCUUAUGAACCACCUGCAGGUAUCUCUCCAGCCAAGUGGUGUACAGUACAUACUGGACUGCAAGGAUUGAAUAUUGGUGAUGUAUUUAUCACAAUAUUUUACCAAUCUAUCUCUGUUAUGCCUCUCCCUCUGGGAGUGUCUCCUGAGAGGCUGGCCUUGGCUGAAGAGCCUCAGCUUCUCCCUAUGUGAAUAAUUCCUUCUUGUUUGUUCAGGAUCUUGGCCUCUGCUGAUGACUCUUUCACACCUGUACUUCACCACAUCCUUCCACCUGUCAAGUUGCCUUUCCUUUUAACACCUUCAGAUUUCCUCACACACACACACACACACACACAGACACACACACACACACACACACACACACACACACACACACACACACACACACACACACACACACACACACUCUUUUUAAUUCAAUCACUCCACAAUAUACACUGUUUGCUGUCACUCCUACCAUGCCUCUCAUACACACUCACAUUGCUUCCACCCUCCCAUGUUGUCAGUCCUCAUGGCCCUCUCAGAUAACUCACUUUCUCAGCACACUCAAUUGCUGUGUCUUGUUUCAUGUAUAGGUCGCUGAUCCAUACAUGUAUGACACAGCUACCUUUGAUAAUUCUCUCUUUUGUUGUUCAUCUCACCAUGUUUGUCCAGCACUGUUCCCAGGUACUUAAACUCAUUCACUUUCUACUUUCUCUUUCCUCUUAUAAACAGUUCACACAGUAAUAUUAUUUAUGAUAUUACUGUAUGUGAUUUGUUGCAUAGGUAUGAAAUUGAAAACUUUAAGAUUUUAGGAUAUUGGAUAAGAUUUGUGAGUUGUCAAGAUAGGAGGGAGCAAUGUGAGUCUGUGGGAAAAUUUUGCCUUAUGUGAAACUGAACAAAAUUGUGGAGUGGUUGAAUGGAUUGGACAUGUGGUAAGAAUGUGAAGAAGUGCAUGAGUGGAAUUGAAAGAUUGGAUGUGAGAGGAUGACUCCAAAUAAAAUUGAUAAACAAAAUAGAAUAGGAGGACAAGAUAAUUGGUAAAGUUUUGACUACCUAAUGAAAAGGGAAAAAUUUAGAUUAAUCCCAUGGCUACUCCUUCAGUAGAGGCAAUGAAGCAUGAGAGAGAUAGAUUGAUAGGUAGCACUAUUAACCUUAAUGAGACCACUGUAUAGGGAGACCAACACUUGAUUGCUUCUAUCCACACUCAGUCUCUUCUUGGUAGUGGUUGUCCUUUGCCUCUCAGUGCUGAUCACACUAAACUCUCAUGAAAUCACCAUUGGGUUAUUUAUUGCUUGAUUGUUGAAAUUGAGUAUUUUCUGUGAUAUUCUACAGAUGCAUUUUGUGUAUGUUUAGAGGUGGUGGGACACUUGAUGCAUUACCAUGUAGUGCAGUGCUUGUCCCAAGGUUUAUGUACAUACAAAUUAUUUUAUUGUCAUGUAGUGUUUUACUUGUGGCUGUUCAUUCACGGUGAACGUGUCACAGUAUUCAUAAUGUUAUAUAUACAUGGCUGUGUAAGUAAAUCAUGGUUCUUCCCUAUUAUUUUUAUAGGUUCAUCGAACUGUCAUAGUCAUAAUUAUUAAUUUUUUCAUCUUCCAUACAACAGUUCAAGUCCUUGCUUUAAGCACUGUACAGAAUGUCCACUCAGAAUAUUGUAUACAAAUAUAUGUAGUGCAUAUUACUUAAUGGAGACCUUUCAUUUAUAAUGUUAAUACUUACACUAGCAUGGUACUGGAGUGUGAACACCACACACACACACACUCCCUCCUGGCUUGGUGGAGGUGCUGUGGCACACAGGGUCUCAGGCAUUUACCUUUCACAAGGAUGGAACACAGGUGUGUUAAGUACUGUUUUAUUUAGCCAAGUUUUGAGUAUGAACAGGGACAAGCUUCAUACACAGUUAACUUAGUCUGUAGAUGAAAAACAUUGCAUUUUUAAUCCAACCCACACACACUUUGUUACUUGUCUAUGUUAUGAAGUACACUAUCAAGGCUCAUCACAAGACAGGCCGUGAAGGAAAUGGUAACAACACUUCCAGUCGAGUCACAAGGGAGAACUUGAAGUAUUGGGCACUCUGGUGUACACUUAGCAUUGUACUCACAACCAAUGAGUAUAAAAAAAUAUUUCCAUUCCAAAACUUUUUAAGGAAGUUAGUAAAUCUUGGCCACACUGCAGGCAAGUCUGUCACAAUGGUACUAGAACAACAAACAUGACUGUGGUGGUGGUGCAAAAAUUGGUAUUUAUUUUCUUGUACUGUCACUACAUGGGAAACACACAAAAACAAACCUGCAAACACUGGCAAAGUUUUGUUGUUGCGGGGAACAGACACCACUGGGAUGGCAGCAGGAAGAGCCAACAUUCUUUACACAAGUUGUGCCAAUUGUUGAACACAAAACAUUAUGUUGGCACAUUAAUAAUUAGUAUGAUCCCUUUCUUGUCAUUACUGGGUAAGUUGUCAACAACUGAAAAUGACUGAUUUACCAUUAUUAUUAUACUAAUUAACCACCAGUGUGUAAUAAAAUAUAUUAUAUAUUUUUAUACUUAAAUGUAUGUCCGUAGCUGUGCCAAGCACGAAGCACGGCAUUUGAUGCUGGACUUGGACUAAGCUUUUUUUGGUGCUUUCUGAAUGCUGCCAAGCAUUCACUGCCACCGGUUUACAACCAGUAAGUUACCAUUUUGUGUACCUUAACCAGGAACAAGGAGUCACUUGCAAUCUCUAGGAGUACACUAUCUCACUAUUCCUAAACACUAUUUACAAAUACUGUACAAGAUAAUUUUGAUGAAGUGCUAAAAUAGUUUAAAUAGAAUAUAAAAGUAAUAAGGAACACUGGCCCCAUGUUACAUGUGAAACAAGACAACCUGCAAAAAACUCAAAUAAAAUACAUAAUAUGUACAAAACAUAAACAAACAGAUCAGCAGUUCAAACACAACAUUCAUUCCUGACAUCACAUGUUGAUUGGCACUGUAGGGGCAGCAGCAUGAAGAACAAGAACUCAGGGCCACUAUAUGUUUUGUGGUGCACUGGACAAGCUCUGCUUGAGAACAAAACUGUUAUUGGCCACCAGCUGAGAAAACAAAGAACAAAACAUGUGAAGGAAAAGAACUCCAAAGUGGGUUGUGAUGGAAAGGGGAGGCAAAGGGUAAAGCUAACAAUGGCAUGAGUAAGCUGUCACCGACAGACGUUUCAAAGCCACAGACUCCACAAGAGACACCAUUGGUACUUCAAUACAUAUACUCUUCCUAUACUUAAUUUUAAAUGCAAAGUAGAGAUCACCCAAAACCUGUAGUGUGAAAGACAAACUCCAAGCAGUAUUUUGCUGCAGUGAGGAAACAGGAAGUCAGCUAUAUGCAUACUGCAGCUAAUAACCACGCUGCUUUGCAACAGCGUCUUAACUUCUAUUAUUUACAUGUAUCAGGUAAUAGUAAUUCACUGCAAUAUAGAUAUAUACUUAUACAUAUGUAGAAACGUAGGUAUUUGGGUUAGGUAAGACUUUGCUAUGACAGAUGUGCUAUAAAGUUAGGUACAUCAUUAGAGCUUAUGGUAUUCACUGUGUUCAGGAGAUCUCAUUUUGGUCUUCUCUUCCCCAUCUUUGUUACAUUUCAACAUCGUUAUUCACAAAUUAAGCAAGCAAUAGAAUCUGCCAAAUAUCUUUACUAAGCACUUGGGUAAGUUCUGAAAAAAAAAUAAAUAAAUAAAAAAAUAAUAAUAAAAAAUAAAAUAAAAAAAUAAAUAAUGUAAUCACAAAAUGCCCAGAAAGAUGUCCGCUGAGCUUUGAAGUUUGAGCAGUAACACAAGCCACCUCAAAACAUCUGACUCAAUCACAAGCUGUCCACACAAAAAUGAAAUGGAUGACAUGACAAGUGUAAUCCCCAAAAUACCCGGGUAGGAGAUUACUGAAAGAGCUGUCCAGAGUCAUCAAGGUGGACAAGGCAUGUGACCUCCAUGAUGAUGAGCUUCUGUGAGAGAGAGAGAGAGAGAGAGAGAGAGAGAGAGAGAGAGAGAGAGAGAGAGAGAGAGAGAGAGAGAGAGAGAGAGAGAGAGAGAGAGAGAGAGAA